AUGGCAGAUAAGGAUGACCUGGGACAGAACAUGGGUGAAAUAGGACGCAAAGUGUGGGAAAACAUCGAGCUAAAGACUGAAAGUGACAAAGAAAACGAGAACCUGAAGGAAAUCAAUAAAGAUGGAACAUAUGAAGAGGAAAACACUAAAGGUGAGACAGGACAGGAUGGGACACGGUACAUAAGGCCAGGGACAGGGUGGGACACAGUGCAGAGACAGGGGACAGGUGGGACACGGUACAGAGACAGGGACAGGGAUGGGACACGGUUACAGAGACAGGGACAGGGUGGGACACGGUACGCAGAGAGACAGGAACAGGGUGGGACAGGUACAGAAGACAGGGACAGGGUGGGACACGGUACAGAAGACAGGGACAGGGGUGGGACACCGGUAGAGGAACAGGGACAGAGUUGGGACAUGGUACAGAGACAGGGACAGGGGUGGGACAGCGGUACAGAGACAGGGACAGGGGUGGGACACGGUACAGAAGACAGGGACAGGGUGGGACACGGUGCAGAGACAGGGACAGGGUGGGACACGGUACAGAAGACAGGGACAGGGUGGGACGGUACAGAGAACAGGGACAGGGGUGGGACUACGGUACAGAAGACAGGGGACAGGGUGGGACACGGUACAGAAGACAGGGGACAGGGUGGGACACGGUUACAGGACGGGGACAGGAGACAGGGACAGAUGGGACAGUACCAGAAGACAGGGGACAGAGAUUGGGACACGGUACAGAGACAGGGACAGGAUGGGACCACAGUACAGAAGACAGGGACAGGGUGGGACUGGUACAGAGACAGGGACAGGGAGUGGGACACGGUACAGAGACAGGGACAGGGUUGGGACACGGUACAGAAGACAGGGACAGGGAUUAGGACACGGUACAGAAGACAGGGACAGGGAGUGGGACACGGUACAGAAACAGGGACAGGGUGGGACACAGUGCCAGAAGACAGGGACAGGGGUGGGACACG